UUUCCGGCGGAAGCGGCCUCAACAAGGGAAACUUUAUUGUUCCCUUUGGGGUUGCGAGGAUGUCGGUGAAUUAUGCGGCGGGGCUGUCGCCGUAUGCGGACAAGGGCAAGUGCGGCCUCCCGGAGAUCUUUGAUCCCCCAGAGGAGCUGGCUCGGAAGGUGCAGGAGCUAGCGAGGCUGAUCUGGGAGUCCUCCAACGUGGUGUUCCACACAGGCGCUGGCAUCAGCACCGCCUCGGGCAUCCCUGACUUCAGGGGCCCCCACGGAGUGUGGACCAUGGAGGAGCGGGGCCUGGCCCCCAAGUUCGACACCACAUUCGAGAGCGCGCGGCCCACGCAGACCCACAUGGCCCUGGUGCAGCUGGAGCGCGUGGGCCUCCUCCGCUUCCUCGUCAGCCAGAACGUGGACGGGCUGCACGUGCGCUCUGGCUUCCCCAGGGACAAGCUGGCAGAGCUCCACGGCAACAUGUUUGUAGAGGAAUGUGUCAAGUGUAAGACGCAGUACGUCCGGGACACAGUCGUGGGCAGCAUGGGCCUCAAGGCCACGGGUCGGCUCUGCUCCGUGGCCAAGGCCAGGGGCCUGCGGGCCUGCAGGGGCGAGCUGCGAGACACCAUCCUGGACUGGGAGGACGCGCUGCCCGACCGCGACCUGGCUCUUGCCGACGAGGCCAGCAGGAACGCCGACCUGUCCAUCACCCUGGGCACCUCCCUGCAAAUCCGGCCCAGCGGGAACCUGCCGCUCGCCACCAAGCGCCGGGGAGGCCGGCUGGUCAUCGUCAACCUUCAGCCCACCAAGCACGACCGCCACGCCGACCUGCGCAUCCACGGCUACGUCGAUGACGUCAUGACCCAGCUCAUGGAGCACCUGGGGCUGGAGAUCCCCGCCUGGGACGGGCCCCGCGUGCUGGACAGGGCGCUGCCACCCCUGCCCCGCCCGCCCGCCCCCAAGCUCGAGCCCAAGGAGGAGCCCCCCGCCCGGCUCAAUGGCUCAGUCCCCGCCGACCCCAAGCAGGAGCCGCCAGCGGAGCCCUGCGACCAGCACAACGGCUCCCAGCCCGCCAGCCCCAAGCGGGAGCGGCCGGACAGCCCUGCCCCGUGUAGGACCCCCAAAAGGGUCAGGGCCGAGGCGGCUCCCAGCUGACCAGGGUGCUCGGGGCGGGCGGGGCUUUUUGUACAAACUGUGGGUUCUGUUUUCCAUACGGGCUCACUUUGUUACUUGUGUCUGUCCCCCGGGGACCUCAGGGCAUGAGAGCCAGGCUCCAGACUCAGGGCAGACUCGCCCUCUGCUGCGGCUCCGUUGGCUGUGGGGGCCUCUGGUGGGGGCCUGGGGAAGUGCCGCACCCCAGAGCCCGCCACGCCCAGCCUCUGACUCAGGGUGUUCCCUGGAGGCUGGCCGCACCCUCCCUGGUCUCCAGCCUAAAGAGGAAGGAGCCCCUCUGCCCCUCACACACCCCCACUCCGUCCUAAGCCACCUUCACGUCACGGGCCCCCCUGGGAGGGGUGCCACACCUCCACAUGGGACACACAGGAGAGACUGGCACUGCCUUUGGGCUGGAAGGAGGCAGAAGUGGAUCCACCCGGCCUCCAGAAAAGUCUCCAAUGCAAUAAAAGCAGAACUUCCUUCUUGCA